UGGCGGCGGGCGGCGGGCGGUGGGCGGCUGGCUCGGGCCAUGACUCGCCAGGCCGACGGCGCGGGCGCGGACUCCGCCUCCGGCCGGCUGCCCUCCGGGGUAGCCCAGCUACUGUCGGCGCUUUUCUACGGGACCUGCUCCUUCCUCAUCGUGCUGGUCAACAAGGCGCUGCUGACGACCUACGGCUUCCCAUCACCAAUUGUUCUUGGAGUUGGACAGAUGGCAGCUACCAUAAUGAUACUGUAUGUGUCCAAGCUAAAUAAAAUAAUUCACUUCCCUGAUUUUGACAAGAAAAUUCCUAUAAAGCUGUUUCCCCUGCCUCUUCUCUACGUUGGAAACCACAUAAGUGGAUUAUCAAGCACAAGUAAAUUAAGCUUGCCGAUGUUCACAGUGCUCAGGAAAUUUACCAUUCCACUUACUUUACUCUUGGAAACCAUAAUACUCAGGAAACAAUAUUCCUCGGACAUCAUUGUCAGUGUCUUUGCCAUCAUUCUCGGUGCUUUCAUAGCAGCUGGUUCCGACCUUGCCUUUAACCUGGAAGGUUAUAUUUUUGUAUUCCUGAAUGAUAUCUUCACGGCAGCGAAUGGAGUUUAUACCAAACAGAAAAUGGACCCAAAGGAGCUAGGGAAGUACGGAGUGCUUUUUUACAAUGCCUGCUUCAUGAUUAUCCCGACCCUCAUCCUUAGUGUCUCCACGGGAGACCUUCAGCAGGCUACUGAAUUCAACCAAUGGAAGAAUGUUCUAUUUAUCAUACAGUUUCUUCUUUCCUGUUUUUUGGGGUUCCUGUUGAUGUACUCCACGGUGCUGUGCAGCUAUUACAACUCGGCCCUGACGACAGCGGUGGUUGGAGCCAUCAAGAAUGUAUCCAUUGCCUACAUUGGGAUGUUAGUUGGUGGAGACUACAUUUUCUCUGUGUUAAACUUCGUAGGAUUAAAUAUUUGCAUGGCAGGGGGCUUGAGAUACUCCUUUUUGACUUUGAGCGGCCAGUUAAAACCUAAACAACCUGUGGAUGAAGAAAACAUCCCCCCAGAUUUGAAGAGUUAGACUCUGAGGCAGAACCGGAGACGGACCUGCUGUCUGGCGGCUACGAGGAGGGUCGUCCCAGAUGUGGGAAAGCGAAGCCAGACGUUGGAGGUGUGGGAUAUCCUCUGGUGAAAGCAAGAAAAAAAAGGCUGCAAAAUGAGAAAAUCUACCUCACACGCACUGCACAGUGAGCCAUCAUCGCCCUGAGAAAUGUGUCCGGACAAAGUCUUACCAGCCAAAAGUGAAUCUUCUCAAAAUAAGCCACUGUUUAAAGGGAUUGUUUCCAGGGGUCCUGUGUGGUCGAUCACUCUUCUUCUGUUCACUGCUAUUGCGUGUGCUUAAGAGGAGGUACAAGGUCGACGCUGAGAAGGUGAUUACUUUCUUAUCAGCACCUUUGCCUUAAUUUCAAAGGUCCCAGCCAAAGCAAAGUGACAGUGAGAGCAUUUUUUUAGUUUAAACAGAUGUAUUUUUAUUUUCAUUAAAUUACCCAGUUAACUGCCAGUAGAAUUAUGUGUUAGCUUUGAUUUGAUCUUACAUGUUGGUAUUUUUCCCAGUCUUCAAAGUAAAAUAAAAA